CGGCAACUCCUAGGGUUUCAUCACUAUAACUCAAGGUUUCAUCACUAUCUGAUUCUUUCCUCUUUGCCGAACCUUCGUCUUCUUGCUCUCUGCUACGAUUCACUUCACUUCACUUCAUCACAUUCGUCAACGAUAAUGGCGGACAAGGCAGUCACCAUACGAACCCGGAAGUUCAUGACCAACCGGCUUCUCUCCAGGAAGCAAUUUGUCAUUGAUGUUCUUCACCCAGGAAGACCUAAUGUCUCUAAGGCAGAGCUGAAGGAAAAGUUAGCAAGAAUAUAUGAUGUGAAGGAUGCAAAUGCAAUUUUUGUCUUUAAGUUCCGAACUCACUUUGGAGGUGGAAAAUCAACUGGGUUCGGUUUGAUUUAUGAUUCUGUUGAAAAUGCCAAAAAAUAUGAGCCCAAGUACAGGCUCAUCAGGAAUGGGCUUGACACUAAAGUGGAAAAAUCAAGGAAGCAAAUGAAGGAAAGGAAGAACAGAGCGAAGAAGAUUCGUGGAGUAAAGAAAACAAAGGCCUCAGAUGCUGCCAAGGGUGGAAAGAAGAAAUGAGUUCACUUCUAUGUUUUCGUGCCUAAGUGUUUUUCUCUAUCAUGUCUUUAUUUCAUCCCUCUCUAAAUUUUAAUUCUUAAGUGGUGUUGGGCACUGCCAAUGAAAUCCAUGUCUGGUUGAUUAUUGACACCAAUGUUUUAGCCAUUAAUUUUGAAUUUGGGGAGUUUUUUGCAGGGAACAAUUUUGACAUUAGUGACCAUAUAUUUUAUAGUUAUCAAAAGUUUCAUUAUAAAAAGUGGUUGAAGUUGUGUUUUGCUU